ACGCAGCCAGACGCUGUGCAAAAGCAGUUUGAAGAUGGCGGAGGGUGAAUUGAACGUGGACAGUCUCAUCUCUCGGCUUCUGGAAGUACGGGGAUGUCGCCCGGGGAAGAUAGUCCAGAUGACCGAGGCAGAAGUGCGGGGUCUCUGCAUCAAAUCCAGGGAGAUCUUCCUCAGUCAGCCCAUCCUGCUGGAGCUUGAGGCUCCCCUGAAGAUAUGUGGCGAUAUCCAUGGGCAGUACACAGAUCUGCUGAGGCUUUUUGAGUAUGGUGGCUUCCCUCCAGAGGCAAACUACCUUUUCCUGGGUGACUACGUGGACAGAGGGAAACAGUCAUUGGAAACUAUCUGCCUCCUGUUGGCCUACAAGAUCAAAUACCCAGAGAACUUUUUCCUGCUCAGAGGCAACCACGAGUGUGCAUCAAUUAACCGCAUCUACGGUUUCUACGACGAGUGCAAGCGCAGGUUCAACAUCAAGUUGUGGAAGACCUUCACUGACUGCUUUAACUGCCUCCCCAUUGCUGCUAUUAUUGAUGAGAAGAUCUUCUGCUGCCAUGGGGGACUAUCGCCUGAUUUGCAGUCAAUGGAGCAGAUCCGCAGGAUCAUGAGGCCAACAGAUGUACCUGACACAGGCUUGCUGUGUGACUUGUUGUGGUCAGACCCAGAUAAGGAUGUACAAGGCUGGGGAGAGAAUGACCGCGGGGUCUCCUUCACCUUCGGUGCGGAUGUGGUCAGCAAGUUCCUCAACCGCCAUGACCUGGACCUCAUCUGCAGAGCCCACCAGGUUGUGGAGGAUGGUUAUGAGUUCUUUGCCAAACGCCAACUGGUUACACUUUUCUCUGCGCCAAACUACUGCGGGGAGUUUGACAAUGCAGGCGGCAUGAUGAGCGUCGAUGAGUCUCUCAUGUGCUCAUUCCAGAUCUUAAAGCCCUCAGAGAAGAAGGCCAAGUAUCAGUAUGGUGGAGUGAAUUCUGGUCGGCCUGUGACCCCACCCCGCACCGCCCAGGCCCCCAAGAAGAGAUGAACGUGCAGCCUUGAACCUUCCCCUUCUCCUCCUGUCUGUCCUUGGUCUGCCAUCAUGGCAACCCCUGUAACUCCCCUGUAUAAAGAAAGAUAUGGGGCUUAUCUAAUUUCCCAAAUCUUUCUCCUCUUCCUUGCCCACUCACUGUCUUCCCUUUCUCUCCAAAUCCACUGACAGCUCUUUUCUUAAUGUGUAUGUGUACAUAAAUUUGCUGUGACCAA